CCGCCAUGUUCAGCCCGCCAAGACUCGCUCGAGAACCAGACCGAGCUCCUCAUCAGCUCGACCGCCUUUCUUCCCACUUCCACACGACGAGGACACGACUGCGAGCGUGCAACGAAGAAGAGAGUUAGCUAGCCUAGCCAUGGCGCCGUCCGAGGACUGCGGCUGGCUGCUGUACCUCUCCCUGGCCGCGAAAUGCGGCGACCCCCACCGCCUGCUCGGCCUCGCCGCGGUCUUCGCCGCCGCCUUCGUCGUCACGGCGCUCCUGCACUGGGCGGCGCCCGGCGGGUCCGCGUGGGGGUGGUACUGGUGGGCCAGGAGGGGCGGCCUGGGCAUUGGCGCCGCCAUCCCGGGGCCCCGGGGGCUGCCGGUGCUCGGCAGCAUGGGGCUCAUGACGGGCCUGGCGCACCGGAAGCUCGCGGCGGCGGCGGCCGCCGGCGGGAAGGCCAGGCGCCGGCUCAUGGCGUUCUCGCUCGGCGAGACCCGCGUCGUGGUCACCGCCGACCCGGACGUCGCGCGGGAGCUCCUCGCCAGCGCCGCCUUCGCCGACCGCCCCGUCAAGGAGUCCGCGUACGGGCUCCUCUUCCACCGCGCCAUCGGCUUCGCCCCGCACGGCGCCUACUGGCGCGCGCUCCGCCGCGUCGCCUCCGCGCACCUCUUCUCGCCGCGCCAGAUCGCCGCCUCCGCCGCGCAGCGCGCCGUGAUCGCGCGCCAGAUGGUCGACGCCAUGGCGGAGGAGCGCCCCGCCGCCGCCGCCGGGACCGUGACGGCGCGGCGGUUCCUGAAGCGCGCGUCGCUGCACAACGUGAUGUGGUCGGUGUUCGGGCGGAGGUACGAGCUGCAGGCGGCCAGCGAGGAGGCGGCGGAGCUGAAGAGCCUGGUGGACGAAGGCUACGACCUCCUCGGCCAGCUCAACUGGUCCGACCACCUCCCCUGGCUCGCCCGCUUCGACCUGCAGAGGAUCCGGGCCAGGUGCUCGGCCCUCGUCCCCCGGGUCAACCGCUUCGUGGGCCGCAUCAUCGACGAGCACCGUGCCCGGCACGCCCUCGGCGGCGGCGUCGCCGCCGUCAUGGACUUCACCGACGUCCUGCUCUCCCUCCAGGGCAGCGACAAGCUCUCCGACGCCGACAUGAUCGCCGUCCUCUGGGAGAUGAUCUUUCGAGGCACGGACACGGUGGCAGUUCUGAUGGAGUGGGUGCUGGCCCGGCUGGUGCUGCACCAGGACGUGCAGCGGAGGGUCCACGAGGAGCUGGACCGGGUGGUCGGGCCGGGCAAGGCCGUGACGGAGGCGGACACCGCCUCGCUUGUCUACCUCCAGGCGGUCAUCAAGGAAGUGCUGCGCCUGCACCCGCCGGGGCCGCUCCUCUCCUGGGCACGCCUCGCCACGUCGGACGUCCACGUGGGCGGGUACCUGGUACCCGCCGGGACCACCGCCAUGGUGAACAUGUGGGCCAUAACCCACGACCCGGCCGUCUGGUCCGACCCGACGGAGUUCAAACCCGAGAGGUUCCUGGCGGGCUCGUCGGAUCACGCCGACGAGUUCCCGAUCAUGGGUUCGGACCUCAGGCUCGCGCCGUUCGGGUCCGGCAGGCGGAGCUGCCCCGGCAAGUCCCUCGCGAUGGCUACCGUCGUGUCCUGGCUCGCCACCCUCCUCCACGAGUUGGAAUGGCUCCCGCCGUCCGACGGCGGCGUCGACCUAUCCGAAGUGCUGAGGCUGUCGUGCGAGAUGGCCGCCCCGCUGGAGGCGAGGCUGGUGCCACGCCACGCGGCGUGAUGACGUGGCACGCAGGGCGAAGCUUCUUCUUACCUUGUAGCAGUAACUGUUAACGUGCACGGUGAGCUGUGUAAAAAAAGGAUGUCAGCUGUCCCUAGUAGUACCACCAGCCGGUUUGCUCGACUAUGUGUGUGUGUACCUGCAUGUGUAAUAUCCGCCACGUAAUUUUAGGUAGUGUAGUGUACCAGAGAUGAUGAGUGAGACAUGUAUCUUUUGCUUUAAUCUUCAGCACUGCCUAGAGCUAGUAUACAAUAUGCAUGUACAUUAUUGCCUCUUUAUCCUAAUGCAAGCGUGUGUACGUGUGCGUGCUA